AUGUUGAAUAUGAAACAGGAACCAUUCUCUCCAGGCCCGAUCUUAGCUCAGAGUCAGGCAAGAGAAGUCAAGGUAGAAAGGACCGGCAACAUCAGCGGGCUCCGAUACAUCACAUGUCGCUGUGAGGACAACGAGCCACGGACGGGCAUUGUCGGUGGCAUCCUCCAUCUGGAGGGCAGAUGGUUCGGAUUGACGGUGCUCACACCCUUCCUCGAGGACAACCCUCACAAUGGCGACGGCGGCCAGCUCUUCUGGUAUAGCGCCCCCUACGAGUCGGAAUUCAAGUCGACCGAGAUCUACGAUGCGCGCGAGCCUCACGCCCUCUGGGGGCGCAUCCCUCCGAAUCCCGAGACCCUGCAGCCCCUCGAGCAAUAUUUCUCCCGGUCUGAGAACUGGGCCCUCGUUGAGCUCGUUAACCACGAGUUCGCAGAGACCUGCGUGCCCGGUCCGGAAGCGAGCUGGGUGCUGCUCCCCAGCAUCACGGACGAAAAGCCCGUGCCGCGUUGGCAGCUGAUGAUUCCGGACCGGGUGCUUCCCCCAAGUGAUGAGCCGUUGAUGUAUGUGAAGCGCUUGGAGCGGUCGAAAGAAACUGUGCGUAUGUGCUACCACUAUGCCUUCAAGUUGGGCGGUUUCCUCGCGGAGUCCGGAGCGUGGGUAAUCGAGGAGCCGCAUCUCAGCGUCGUCGGCAUCGUUCACGAUUCGAAUCGUUUCACAAUUCAAGCCAACCCGGCGUGGUGGACAUUUGUUGAGCUCAAGCAGCGCUUUCCGGACCUCAAACCACCCUUGAUCUGCUGUGGGUUCCCGAAAGACAGUGAAUUCCUCGGCAGCGGGUACGGUACGACAUCGACGACGUUCCCAAAAAAGAAGAAGAUGGCACCUCAGUUUGACCGAUCUAUGGAUCCAUUCUAA